UCUGCAAUUAUUCAAUCGCUUUCACGCUUAUUUCGUACCGUUCAAUUUUAAAUACAAUCAUGCCGGGCGAAAGUGAAAUUUAUAAGCAAUUGCUUAAAGAACAACAAGAGUUCUCAAAAAAUUUACUGAAACAACAACGUGAGUGGAUGGACUCAAUGUUCCAAAAACAAGGUACUGCCGGUGUAUCUGAAAGAAAUAACAACAUUGUUCCAGUAUUUCACAAAUUUUCGAAAGAACAGCAAACCUGGGAAUCGUACUUAGAACAACUUAACCAACAUUUUUUAGCAUAUUCAGUUCAGUGCAGUGAAAAACAAAAAUCAUUUUUCUUGUCUUGGAUUGGCACAGAAAAUUUUGAGCUGCUAAAAAAUCUUUUCGGUAACACGAAAGUACAAGAACAAUCUUUCAAAAAUUUAACGGAAAAACUAACGGAUCAUUUCCAGUCGAAACGACAUGUGGUCGCUGCACGUUACGAUUUUUUCAAAAGGGAAAUGAAGCCACAUCAAUCAUACAGAGAGUGGGUAGCCGAUCUCCGCGGAUUGGCAAGAGAGUGUAACUUUUCGUGCUCAGCCCAGAAUUGUUUACACAAUUUCGUGGAUGAUAUGAUUCGUGACCAAAUUAUUAUACGUACACCUCACGAUGCAGUGCGCACGGCUGCGUUCCAAAAGCCCCAGCCAACACUUGCUGAUGUUUUGCAGAUUGCAGAAUUGUACGAAACAACCACUAAAACGGUGGCAACAAUUAAAGAACAAACGAUCGAAAACUCAAUGCCUGUUAAUUCAGUUGGUACAAUUAUAAAAAAACCGGGUGUUUUCAACAAUAACAAUAAUAAAGUAAAAUUCAAAUCAUGUUCUGGCUGUGGAAACUCUCAUGCAAGAGAAAACUGUAAAUUUAGAAAUGCUGUAUGCAAUAGAUGUAGCAAAAUUGGACAUAUUGCGCCAGUGUGCAUGUCAAAACAAAACAAGAACAACAAACGUAAUUUAGGUGAUGAAAACAAGAAGAAAGAUUACCGUCGUAAAAGUCACAACAUUGGUACUGUUGAAACAAUUAACAGUUUAACAGGUAUUGUAAAAACUGAAAGCAAUAAGAAUUACAUUGACUUGGAAAUUUGUAAUAAAAUUGUGUCUUUCCAAAUGGAUUCUGGUGCAACAGUUUCUUUAAUAAAUAAGCGAACAUUCAAAACUCUAAAUUGCCCAAAGUUGCAAAAUUGUACAAAAACCUUAUUUGGUUUUGGCAAAAAUGAAAUUCCAGUGCUUGGUGAACUUUGCGUAGAUAUCAAAUGUGGCGGAAAAGAAAGGGAAGUGGUAAUCGUUGUCGUGGAUGUCGAAAACUGUAACAAUUUAUUCGGUUUCGAUUUAUUCACAGAAUUCGGGUUUGAGAUUCAGCAAAUUUGUAACAUUACUGAAAGUGAAUCACACAGAAUAAGCGAGCUGUGUAAGAAAUAUGGUGAUAUUUUUGAACCAGCUCUUGGCACAAUAAAAAACUUUAAGGUCAGUAUUUUUUUAAAGCCAAAUGCACAUCCGAAAUUUUACAAAAGCCGACAAAUUCCAUUUUCGCAAAUGUCACUUUUCAAGAAAGAAGUCAAUCGAUUGACAAAUGCGGGUAUUUGGAAACCUGUGAAGUUUUCCCAAUGGGCUUCGCCUAUUGUACUAGCUCCAAAAGCUGAUGGUUCCAUAAGAAUUUGUGGGGAUUUUAAACAAGCAGUCAAUGCGCAAAUUGACAUUGAACAAUAUCCUUUGCCCAUACGCGAAAGUCUUUUCCAUAAAAUUAAUUGCGGUCAACAUUUUACAAAAAUCGACCUUAAGGACGCGUAUUUACAAAUGGAACUUGACGAUGAAGCAAAAACAAUAAUGGUUGUCAACACUCCACUUGGGUUAUUCCAAUACCAACGUUUACCGUUUGGGAUUGCAAGCGCUCCAGCUAUAUUCCAAAGAUAUCUUGAGCAGUUACUUCAAGGCGUAGAAGGUUGUGGAAAUUAUCUCGAUGACAUCAUCAUCUCCGCACCUACAUUUCAACAACACAUCAGCCGCCUAGAACAAGUACUUCGUAUUUUGCAACAAAAUGGUAUCAGGUGCAAGCAAGAAAAAUGUUUCUUUCUGCGAGAUAAAAUCGAGUAUCUCGGGCGUCAAAUUAGUGCAAAAGGUAUAUUGCCAGAUGAGUCAGGAUUAAAAGCAGUCAAAAACCUGCAGCCGCCUAAAGAUCUAAAGCAAGCAGAAGCAUUCAUGGGUAAGGUAACCUAUUACCAUAAUUUUAUACCUAAUUUUUCGCAAUUAUCCGCGCCAAUCAACAUGCUGCGCCGAAAAAAUGUAAAAUUCACAUGGGGUACAGCACAACAACAAGCAUUUACAGCUCUAAAAACGCAUAUUCUCAAUGCAGCGCAAUUAGCACAUUAUCAGGAAGAUUUACCGUUGGUUCUAGCUACAGAUGCCUCCUCCUAUGGCAUAGGAGUUGUGCUCUCGCAUACGUACUUUGACGGUACAGAAAGGCCUAUUGCUUUUGCAUCUAAAACUCUCGACAUUCAUCAACGACGAUAUAGUCAGAUAGAGAAGGAAGGGCUAGCUAUCGUUUUUGGAGUCAAGCGUUUCCAUCAAUAUUUAUACGGAAGAAGAUUCACCUUGGUUACUGACCACAAACCUCUUGUUAGCAUUUUUAAUCCAAUUCAUCAGUUGCCGUCGAUGACGUCACAUCGUUUACAGCGAUGGGCUAUUAUACUAAUGGCUUAUCAGUAUGAUGUUCGGUAUCGUAAAACUACUGAGCAUGGAAAUGCCGAUGCUUUAUCUCGUUUACCUGUUGGUGAAGAUAAAACUUUUGAUCAUGAAGAAUCUUGUUUCAACAUCAAUGAACUUAACACACCUAUUGACGCUGAAAUAAUUCGUCAGCAUGCCAAAAAUGACCCAAUUCUUCGCCGAGUUUAUUUUCUCGUUACAAACGGUUGGCCUGAAAAGCUAAUGCCUCAAGAUACGGAGUACAACCGGGUUGUCAUUCCAGCCUCCCUUAAGCAGAAAAUUCUUAAACUUCUUCAUGAUGGUCAUUGGGGAGUAUCGAGACAACAUGUCUGGUGGACUAAUAUUGACAAAGACAUCGCACAAUUAACUGAAAAUUGUGAUGUCUGGCCUGAAGCUGAUCGACCUUGGGAGAGAGUACAUAUCGACUUUGCUGGUCCAUUUUGUAAUUCAAUGUGGCUAAUUUGUGUCGACGCUUUCUCGCAAUUUCCGUUCGUUGUACAACUAUCUACAACAACAACGGUUGACACCAUAUCAGCAUUGUCUUCUAUAUUUUCUCUGGAAGGUAUACCAGAAACCAUCGUAAGUGACAAUGGUCCGCAAUUUACAGCUGAAGCAUUCAACAAUUUUUGCUCAAAACUUGGCAUCAAACAUAUAACAACAGCGCCGUUUCAUCCAGCCUCAAACGGGUUAGCCGAACGAUUCGUCAGAUCUUUUAAAACUGCUGUUAAGAAAAACAUUGACGAUGGAUUGUCUCUCAAAUUCGCUGUAUCAAAAUAUCUUGCAACAUAUCGUGCAAUGCCGAAUGCUGAAGGUAAAUCACCUGCAGAACUUCUACAUGGAAGGCCUGUUCGUACCUUGUUGAGUCAACUGUUUGAAUCGCCUAGGAAGCACCUUGAAGCUUCGAAAAGGAAAAUGAAAUUUAGUCUAAAGCAACCCGUCUUCGCUCGAAACUACGCAAGAGGGGAAAAAUGGAUAAAAGGAGUUAUUGUGAAACAACUUGGUAAAAUGGUUUACCGAGUGAACACAUCUUUUGGUUACAUCAAACGUCAUGUUAAUCAGCUUAAAACUAGAAGUAGCUCUGACCUCUCUUCACAACCAAUUUUUGAAUUCGCUCCAAAUUUCAUCAAUGCCACACCGCCUUCAUCUAGCCAAUCAACAUUAAUGCCUAGUGAAGAACGUUCUACCGAAGUAGUUCAACUUCGAAAAAGUGGUCGUAUUCGGAAGGAUGUUAAUCGAUUUGAAUCCGACGAUUUCAGGAAAACUCAAACUUUGUCAAAAAUUAAGGGCGGAGAAAUGAAUAUGGACGCAGUAGCAAGUACAGAUUUUUUCAAGCCACAUUGGCUGUGCUGGAAAAUUUUGGGUAUAGCACGACAAAAGGUCAAAAAUAAAUCAGCUUAUUUACUUUACGGCAUCAUACUGAAUAUUGUGGUUACUCUUUAUUAUCCUAUACAUUUGUUAAUGUCAUUAUUUCAAAAUCAAACGGCAACGGAUAAUUUAAAAAAUUUUGCAAUUAGCGUUACGUGUACCGCAUGUACCUUAAAGUUUCUCAUCUACGCCAUCAAAUUGGAUAAGGUACGUGAAAUGGAAAUGCUACUAGAGAAGUUGGAUGCCAGAGUUCAAAGUGUGGAUGAAAAGCAGGAAUUUGGAAAAUUGCGUACAGAUAUGAGAAAUAUUGCUUACAGUUUUGUUAUAAUUUAUUUUCCAGUCAUUGUGACUGGUAGCUUGUCAGUGAUUUUAAAAGAGGAACGUAAUCUAUUAUAUCCUGCUUGGUUUCCAUUUAAUUGGCGUGAAUCCAUAUUAAAAUAUUUAUUGGCCAGUUUGUAUCAAAUGGUGGGUAUAAGUUUCCAGCUACUACAGAAUUAUGUCGAUGAUUGUUUUCCUUCGAUGGCACUUUGUUUAUUAUCUGGACAUAUUAAAAUUUUGGGCAUGAGAGUGUCAAAGAUUGGUUACAGUGUGACAAAAAUCGCCGAUAAUGAGUUAGAAUUAGACAAGUGUAUAAAAGAUCAAAAUAAUCUAUACAAACUUUUCGAUUUAAUUCAGGAUAUCACUUCACUACCUAUGUUUAUACAAUUCACGGUUAGUGCAUUGUGUCUUUGCGUUGCUAUGGCUGCACUCAUAUUUUAUGUAGAUGACCCAAUUGAUCGUCCGUACUAUGUGGUCUACCUUUUAGCUGUGCCAAUGCAAAUAUUUCCUACCUGUUACUAUGGCAGCGAUUUCCAAUACCUCUUCGGUCAACUACAUUAUGCGGUGUUUCGCAGUAAUUGGAUGGAUCAGAGUCAAAUGUACAAGAAGCAUAUGAUUCUAUUCACUGAACGUUCAAUGAAACCCACUACUGCAGUUGCUGGCGGUAUGUUGCGCAUACAUUUGGAUACAUUCUUCUCAACUUGCAAAGGUGCAUAUUCAUUGUUUGCUGUCAUCAUUAGAUUGAAUAGUAAUUAA